AUGACUGCUGUAAGAACUGUAUCAUACAGAUAUGUGAUCAAUGGCCAGGUAAGCAACAUUGUGAAGGCAAGACGGGGCUUGAAACAAGGAGAUCUUGUCUCUCCCUUGUUAUUUGUGCUGGUAAUGGAAUAUUUACACAGUUGUUUGGCAGAAUUGAAAGAGACACCUGGAUUUAAACAUCAUCCUAGAUGUGCUAAAUUGAACAUCACCAACAUCUGCUUUGCUGACGAUUUAAUGUUGUUUUCUAGGGGUGAGGAACAACAGGCAAUCUUGAAGACAACACAGUUUGUGGAAGGUAAACUACCUUUUCGAUAUUUGGGAGUGCCACUCUCUAGCCGAAAGAUAUCAAUUGCACAAUGUCAAUCGUUGAUUGAUAAACUGGCAAUGAGGAUCCAACACUGGUCGAUCAAAAUGCUCAGCUAUGCGGGUCAUCAGCAACUGAUUAAUAGUGUUUUCAUGGCUAUUUUGAGUUAUUGGAUGCAAGCUUUUCCUAUACCUAAAAAGGUGAUAGGUAAAGUGGAAAGUAUCUGCAGAAAUUUUCUCUGGUCGGCAAAAGCAGAGGGCAGAAAAGAUUAUGUGGCAUGGGAGAAUUUAUGUGAACCUAAAAAUGUUGGGGGGGCUAAACAUCAGAGACCUGCAUCUGUGGAACAAGACUAUGAUGGUGAAGUUACUAUGGAAUAUCCAUAUGAAGGCAGACAAACUAUGGAUUAG